UAUAAUUAUAAAAUUAUAGUAAUAAUCAGGGUAAUAGAUUUCUUGUCAAAAAAAUCAAGAUUUCAUAAAGGUGGUCACGUUUGGAGAUUCUGAAUAGUUGUUUCGCUGGAGGCGUUGAAAUAGCCUUCUUUAACAGCUCACUUCGUUUCACAUUCCAAAGUUAUUGAACUCCUCUCGGUCUUCUUCUUACAUAUUAUAUAAAUCUCUGUUUAUCUCUGACAAUAAUACGACAGCAUCAGCAGAUAGAUAAUGGCAUCUCUCUUGGAAAAGGCAACUUCGACUCUUAAUGAAGCCAAAGAAUCCGUCACAGCCACUGCUGGAUCCGUUGGUGCUUCUCUAACUGAUGCUCAGAAAACCGUUGCAGCCUCCACUGAAACUGCCAGAACCUCUCUAGCCGAUGCUCAGGCAACCGUUGCAGCCACAACUGAAACGGUCAAGACCGAGGCCGAAGCCGCGCCAGGGAAAGUGUCUGGUGUGUCCACACAGGCAAGAGAAGCUGUGGAGAAUGUUAUGUCAAGAGGUAUAGAAGGAGCCAAGUCCUUAUUUCAUGGUUUGGAGGAGAAGAAGACCGAAAUUUCCUCCAAGCUUGUUGGAGCUGUUACUAAUGUCGUCGGUGGAGCAUCGAGCAGCACCACCGUGGCAAGCCGAGACCUUCCAAUAUCCACAGACAAUCAGCCUUUGUUAACUGGUGAGCGCGGGGUUGAUGCGACGCCAUGGUGGAAAAACUGUUGUGGAGUUCUUGAUCUUCUCAAGACAUCUACUACAAAAUAAAAGGUCAAGCUGAUGAAGAACAGAGAGAGCACUAGAACAAUAUGUAAAAGCCUUUUGAUUAUUUAUUUCCUUCCUUUUUCUUAUUUUGAUUUGAGAUUGUGUCUUUUUUUUUUGAAACAAAGUUUGAGAUUGUGUCUAUGUCUUUGUUUUUAUUUGUAUUUUGAUAUGUUGAUUGUUCCCAUGAACUUGUGUAAGAAGUAAGAACCAAUAAAUCCAAAACAAGUAAUUUUUUUUGUGA